UAAUUCAAAUCACUCUAACAAGCGAUCAUUAAUAACUUUCAUUUUUCUAUUUUUUUACGAUAUUAAAAACUAUCAAAUCUGAUGAGUAAUCUUAUUAAUUAUCUGUUUCCAUUUAUUUUACUGUCAGAAUCUUAUUGACAAAUUAUAUAAAUGAAAGAUUCACUGAUCUCAGUUGCGAGGCUGUUUCGUCUGCGCUUCGUCACACCCUAAUAUUAAAGAUUUCGAAAGUAAGCAGUAUAAAAGCACAUGUGCGUUUAGUUCCGCACUUUUCGGAAAGGUUAAUAGAACGCAUUAGAGUUAUUGACUGCACAGAAACUGAAACGACAAUUAAUAUAAUUAAUAGUAUUAAAGUGAUAACAAUUCAUUGUCUCAGCAAUGGAGCAAUCUGGUUACGAAGUUCGAAUUGUUGAUGAUCUGAAAGGCAAAGGGUUAUUUGCGACCAAAUACUACAAAGAAGGAGAUGUUAUUUUUGAAGAAAAUCCCUUGGUUAGCUGUCAAUUUGCUUGGAAUCAAGAAUACAAAUAUUUGGCCUGUGACUUUUGUUUUAAACCUUUAGAGACUGCAGAAGAAAAUGUUAGGCGCUUGACAAACAAUAAGAAUUUAAUGUUGCCAUACCCUGAAUGUUGCGAGACAGAUAAAGCUUCCAUUACAGAAUGCGAAGCCUGUGGUACCAAAUUUUGCAGUUCCAAUUGUCUGAAUGAAGCUUUGACAAGGUAUCAUCAAAGUCUUUGUUUACAGACAAAAGAUAUCAAUGAUUUCCACCCACUUGUACAAUUAAAAGAAACAUGGAAACAAAUGCAUUAUCCACCUGAGACUGCAACUGUAAUGUUGAUACCUCGAAUGGUUGCUAUGAUCAAUCAAGCAACAGAUAAGCAAGCUAUUAUUUCUGCUUUUUCCCAAUUCUGCAAUAAAACUGUUAAUGAAGCUCAAGAAAUUACUCACAAUUUAUUAGGAGAUAAAUUUAUUGGUCAGAUUGAUGUUCUUAGACAGAUGGUCUGCAAAGCUGUUGAUACUCAUCUUGUUCCAGAGUGGUUUACUGAAGAGGGAUUUAGAAACUUGAUGGCUCUUAUUGGUACUAACGGGCAAGGAAUUGGUUCAAGCCCACUCAGUAAGUGGACCAAAAAUCUUGAAGCUUUAGAACUGCCAAGAAAUGAACGUAAGCAUAUAGAUGCGAUCAUUGACAAAAUUUAUGAUGAUAUAGAAGAAGUUGUUGGAACAUUUUUGAAUAAUGAAGGAUCUGGUUUAUACAGCUUGCAAUCAUGUAUAAACCAUAGUUGUUUCCCUAAUGCAAUUGUGGAAUUUCCUCAUGGUAAUAGUCGUUUAGCUGUAAAAGCUAUACAAGACAUGCAUCCUGGACAAGAAAUAUGCAUUUCCUAUUUAGAUGAGUGUCACACUUCCAGAAGUAGACACAGUCGUCAAAAAAUUUUGAAAUCGCAAUACUUGUUCAUUUGUCAAUGUGAUAAAUGUAUUUUAGAAGCUGAUGAUUCUGAUGUAACUAGUAUAAGUAGUGAAGACUGUAGUGAUCCAGACUCAGACUUUGAAUGAUUGUAAAUAUAAUUUUUGUGAUAGAACUAAAUGUUUAAGCAUUUAAAAAAAAGUUUGUUGUAAAUCGAAGAGUCAAACAUCUUAUUAUAAAGAAUCCAUUGAAUAAUUUUCUACUAUUUAUAUUAUUUUUAUGUUAUUAAAUAUGAUCUAUUUUAUGACCAGCAUA